GUCACCAUUGAUUGAAUCAGAUCAGCCGACCACUCAUCCACAGUGCUCAGGCAGCACCACAGGACAAAACAACAACCACCCCUCAAAGCACAACACAAGACCACCCAUCCGUCCCCACAGCCCCUGCAUUGCAUGGUCACGUCAGAUCGCGUCACGCCGCACCUUUCCUCUGCUGCUAUUUUGUUUGUUUUUGUCUUGUCUUUUGUUGGCCUUGUCGAUGGCCGCCCGCUUGGCCUUGAGCUUAGCGGCCGCCUCCUGCUUGCUCUUCUCCGUGUACUGAACACACAUUUAGCACACACACACACACACAUCCACACAACACAGAGAGGGGAGGCGAGUGAGGUGCAGUCCAGGUGAGAGACCCACCUCGAUUCGGUGGAGGAGUCGGCGACGCUGCACGCAACGCACACAGCCACACACACACAAGGCAUGAAAUGCGACGGACGGACGGACGAGGGCGCCGGUGUGUUUGUGCGCGAUUCCAACCUUUUUCGAGAGCAGCGCCUUGGCCCGCUCUCUCUCCUCUUCCUCACGCAGCUCCCUCCUACACACACACACACACACACACGCACGCACGCACAGCCAGCAUAGAGAAGGGCAGAGCAAUCCACAGCCGUCCGUCAAGGCGACGUCAGAUUCCAGCUGCUCAGUCGGGGCUCGCUCACGUACUUGCUCUUGGUCUUUGGUGGGGCCUCCUCCUCCUCCUCCUCCUCCUCAACCUCAACCUCAACCUCAUCUACUUCUUCUGCCUCCUCUGCCUCUUCGUCUGCCUCCUGGGCUUCUUGCUCAGGCUCAUGGUCAACGGUGGCCUUCCGCUUGCGAGACGACCCCUGCUGCUGCUCCUUCUCCUGCUGGUCGUCGUCAGCCUCAUUGGCUGCUGUCGUGGGCUUCUUGUUGGGUUUCUUCUUGGCCUUUGCUGACGUAUCGGCUCGCGCAGAGUAGGACGUGCCCUGACACAAACACAAACACAACACCAUGAGCACAGACACGACAGAUGGAUUCUCUCAUGCGAGCAGAGACAGAGAGAGACAGAGAGAGACAGAGAGAGGGCAAUGGUGUGUGACCUACCCACCCACCUUGGCUUCCAUGUCGAGUUCACUCAUGAAGUGGACCUCUUUAGCCAGCCGCUCCUGCCGCGUCAUCUCGUCCUCCUCCUCCUCCUCGUCGCCUGACGACCCCUCGCCCUCGAGCUCGUCAUCCUCGCCAACCACACGGCGCUCGUCGCCCUCAUCUAGGUGGAUGACCACAUAGCAUAUGCACCACCACACACUUGGUAAGAAACCAGGGCGAGAGGGGCAGAGGGGGGAGGGGGGAGGGGAUUGCUUAUCUACUUUCAUCGAUGAGUUUGCUCUGUCGCUGCCGCUCCUUGAUGAUGGCGUCGAGCAGCUCCCGCUGCUUGGGCACAUAGCCCUCCCUCACGUCGUCCUGACGGCGGUCAACCAUCACGCCAACACAUCCAUCCAUCCAUCCGUCUGUGCUGCACUUGGGUGGCUGCCCGGGUAGUGGGGCAUACCACGAAGGGCGAGAGGUGGGGCGGGAGAGUCUUGCCGGGUUUGUAUGGCUGGAUGGGCAGCAGCACGCCGCUGUUGAGGCUGUCGAAGACCCACUGUGGCUGCACCACCUCGCGACACCUCAACAGCUCCUCGGGCGCACACAGACGCAGCGCUGAAGACAGCACGGACACACACACACACACAGAGACAGACAGACAGCAGCAUAAGUAAGCCCACACGCGCUGUCGUGUCGCCGUUGGUCAAUCACUCAGUGUGGCCGGCCGUACCUUCAGGCGGCCUGUCGACGAUUUGGUGGGUGAUAGCUGGGUCGGCCUCGCCAAACGGAGAACCCUCCCCCUGCACAAAUCGUGUGUGUGCUAUGACAUGGCCAUGUCACUGGCUCACCCACCCUCUCACUCACUCACUCACUCAGUCACUGACCUGCCAGCCUACUCGCCCCCCGCAGCUGAGCACAGCCAAAGCCAACGGUUGCAGCGGCACCUCUCUGAACCAAUCCAUCGAACGACGAGUGAGAUACACACACACACACAUGUGGGUGGGGACAAGAGAGUCUGUCUGUCUGUGUGUCUGUCUGUCUGUCUACCGACCGACCCACCGGUUGAGGAACAAGACGAGCUGAGCGAAGAGCUUUUUGACGUGAGCAGCUGCAGCCUCCUUCUCCUGAGGUGGUACAUAAAGACACAUUACAGGCACAUGAGGUCUGCCGGGCGGGCUGGCUGGCUGGCUUGGGUGGAAGCAUGCCUUGAUUUCCUGGAGGAUGGUCGAGUCUUCAAAGUCUUUCGUGUCCACCGCUGGGCCAUCGGGGCCACCCUGACCCGCACACAAUGACAAACGGAUUCACACACACAAGAGACGAAGGUCAGUCCAUCCCGUCCGUUUGCCUGUGUGCGUGCCACUGACCUCCUCGUCGGCAUCCUCUUGGCCCUCUUCGCCCUCCUCCUUGUCGCCCUCUGCCAAGUCAUCCAGCCGGCCGCCCAUCCCCUCUAUCCGCUUGCCCUGGGAGCCCUCACCCCCUCCUCCACCUCUGGCGCCCUCUUCCUCCUCCUCCUCCCCCUCCUCCUGCUGCUGCUGCUGCUGCUGGCGGUUGCCCUUGCCGUCGGCCGUCAUGGUGAUGUGAUAUGCAAGGAAUCCCACGCCGGCCUUGGCGCGCCGCUUGACGAGUGUGGGUGGGUAUGUGUAGCCCUUCUCGAGGCAGAGCUUGAAGUUGACGGCCUUGAGCAUGGUGAGGUAGAACUCUAGGAAGCUCAUGAGGACCCGGAAAUCGACCUCGGGCGGGGUGUCCUGGGGGAACUGGUGGGGCAGCAGCCACGUGACGGCCUGGCCCAGCAGCUCAGCCUGCAGGUAGUACCCCUUCACCGACACAAACACCCUGCGCAUCGCACCCGCGCGCGCCACCAGGGCGUGGAACUCGUUGAGCAGCCGGGUGCUCUCACGGAUGCACUCGGACGGGAUCUCCUUGUCGUCACGCACAGGCAAAGCCGCGAACACGCUGACCGUCGACAGAGCGUCGUCCAGGUCGCGCAGCGCGUCGACGAGAGUGGGGUACCUCUCCUUGACCAGGUGGUGCAGCGUGUACUUGGGCUUGCGGCUGACCAGGUCCUUGGCCUUCGACUGCUGCUUCCGCCCGAGGGCCUUCUUGUACUUGCGCUGGAAGACCUUUUGCUCGCGCAGUUUGUCGAUGAGUGGCUCGUGUGAGAGGAAGAGGAUGUCCUUGCGGUGGUAGUAGGUCUUGUCGCGCCCCUUGCGCUUCUUCUUGGGGUCGCGCGGGUAGAUGCCCUUCAAGAUGCACAGCUUCCGAAAGUCGGCCAGCGACACCUGGAGCUUUCGCAGCACCUCCGCGCGAGUCAGGUAAGCCGCAGCCUCGCCCUUGGUCCCCUUCUUGACCUUCUUCAUCCUCCGGAGGAUGUACCAAUCACACCGAUCGGCCGACGAGAUGACAGAUCACGCCACAGCGGAUGACGGCCUCUCACACGACUAGGCCGACAUUCACUCCCCUCACUCCUCCUUGUCCACCAGCACGUGGG